GUUUGGAUUUCUUAGGCACUUCUCUCAACCACCACCAAGGAGGCGACGUCAGGAUGGGUCGCCGCAAGACUUCGACGAAGAAGAUUGUCACGCGCAAGAAGCAAGUCGUCGCGCGAGUGUUCAAGUGUCCGUUCUGUUCCCAUGACGACAGUGUCCAAUGCAAGAUGGACCGCGACCGCAACGUGGGGCAUUUGACGUGUCGGAUCUGCAGUGAAUCGUACCAGAGCAACAUCAAUUAUCUCAGCGAGCCCAUCGACGUGUAUACAGACUGGAUUGACGAAUGCGAAGCCCUUCAUACGAAUCAAUAAACGCCUUAACUCACAGAGUUCUUCUUGGCUUGCUUCGACUCCCUCCGCACUCCCUCGCGGUACCUUUGUUCCUCGCGUCGUUGAAUCCGCGCUUGUAGUAUGCGACUUCGCCGUGUCCAUUCCAUUUCCUUGUCCAAACUCUCGUCGCUCGGACCUCCAGCCGCGGUCUGUUCGUCCAGCGUCAGCUUCAUCUGCUUCAGCGCGCUCUUUUCCUUUCGAAUGCUCACGUCUUCGUCUCGCUGGCGCUCCUUCUCGGCAUCCCGAGCCGCCUUCUUGGCCGCUUUCGCCGCCUCGCGCUCCGCCACCGCCGCGUCCUGUCGCGCCUUCUCGAGUCGAUUCUUCUCUUGCGCAUACUCUAGGAUCGACCGCUGCUGGAGCUCUGCUAGAUGCGCUUCCUCUUGCUUCCGGCGCAGUUCCGCGCCAACGUUUGCCCGUCGCUCCAGUUCCUUGGCCCUAGCAGUUUCUUCCCGCUUGGACGCCGUGGCUUGGUCGUCGUCGUCCUUGUGCAGCGUCAUGGCCACAUGCGUCCGCGCGGCACAGGUGAGAAUGUCCUUGCAGAUGGACUGGAACGCCGUCAUGUCGAUGGGGCCCCUACACAUGCCAUCCAUGGGUUGGUUCAGGCCAGAAUUUGUAGUUCGGAU